AAGCUCCAAGAAGAUCUUGCUGCAAUUAUUGUGGAAUGGAAAGAAAAGGAAGGACGUGAUAUUCGUAGUCUGCGAGAAGCUUUUCGGCAAACUGCACAAAGGAAAAGGGUGAGAAUUGCCAGAAUUGAGGUUAUACCACAAACUAGUGAACUGACAAACUCUCAAAUUGCAUCAAAUGCUAAGUUUAGAAAGCAAAAUAAUUUCUAA